UUCCGCCGCCGGCGCCCGCGCCCGCCACCGCCGCCGCAGCGUCUGCACAACUUUCCAGUCCGCGCCGCGGCCAGCGCGUCACGUUGCCGCCGCCUCCUGCCUCUCCUCUUCUCGCCCUUCCCGCCCCCUCCGCCUUCCUUCUACCUAGGCGACUGGGAAAGAAGAAGCAAUUCAGUCAGGAUGGCUAAAGGUGAUCCCAAGAAGCCAAAGGGCAAGAUGUCUGCUUAUGCCUUCUUUGUGCAGACAUGCAGAGAGGAACAUAAGAAGAAAAACCCAGAGGUUCCUGUCAAUUUUGCAGAAUUUUCCAAGAAGUGCUCUGAGAGGUGGAAGACAAUGUCGGGGAAAGAGAAAUCUAAAUUUGAUGAGAUGGCAAAGGCAGAUAAAGUACGCUAUGAUCGGGAAAUGAAGGACUAUGGGCCAGCCAAAGGAGGCAAGAAGAAGAAGGACCCCAAUGCCCCCAAAAGGCCACCGUCUGGAUUCUUCCUAUUUUGUUCAGAAUUCCGCCCCAAGAUCAAAUCCACAAACCCUGGCAUCUCUAUUGGAGAUGUGGCAAAGAAGCUGGGAGAGAUGUGGAAUAACUUAAGUGACAGUGAAAAGCAGCCUUACAACAAUAAGGCGGCAAAGCUGAAGGAGAAGUAUGAGAAGGAUGUCGCUGACUAUAAGUCUAAAGGAAAAUUUGAUGGUGCAAAGGGUCCCGCUAAAGUUGCUCGGAAAAAGGUGGAAGAGGAAGACGAAGAAGAUGAGGAGGAAGAGGAGGAAGAAGAAGAGGAGGAGGAGGAGGAAGAGGAGGAGGAGGAGGAGGAUGAAUAAAAAAAACUGUUUAUCUGUC